AUGAAAUAUUUCACAAUUUUCUUUAUUUUUUUUAGUCUUUGCAUGUUUGGCCAUGUAUCUGGCGCCGGAAUCAGAAUCGUCAACGAACUCAAAAAUAAGAAGACCCUUUGGAUGAGGUGUUAUUCCAAAAAUGAUGUACUUGGUCCAACAAUAAUACCAAAUGGAGGACAAUUUACAGAUUAUUUCUUUCAUAAUUUAUUUGGUACAACGCGUUUUAUGUGUACCUUAAAACAAGGGCCUGGAUUUAGUCACAGUCAGAGCUUUAGAGCAUUUAAAAAUUCUGGCUUAUGGGAUUGGAGAGCUAGAGAAGAUGGGAUCUAUUUAAGAAGAAUCUAUAAGACCAAAUUUGAUGAUGACACAGACAAUCUGCAUAAAGAGCAAAGUUGGAUAUAG